AUGAUCAAGCUGAAACGCCGUUUCCGCAAGACUGAGGGGUUGUCCGCUACUGAAAAGGACAAACAACUGGGUCUGGCACUUGCAGACGAAAUUGACAAAGCAAUCAGCCGCCAGAAACAACGACCACGGGGGAAACACUUCCAAAUCGACGGCAAGAAAUCCCCGUGUCUCAUCCGCCGAGUCCACGACGUGGUUGAAGAACGACACAACCACCGCAUCGUCCUCUUGGAGACCAAAGCAUAUCCCGAUCCGAAGAAGCCGACAACCACCGAGCUGCAAGUCCUCGUCCGACUCAUGCUCGAAGAAAUGAGGCUGGAAUUCACAAUGGGCCGGGAAGUCAAGAUCUUCAACAGAGCGCACCACAUGGUUCCAGUCCUUGUGGUGUCCGUCUACCUUGGCGGCCAAGCCCGCGUCAUCACGGGCAACCUCCACGCCAAUAUGGGCAGUCUGAUCCAAUGGGCCCUGCCGGUAGUGCGAGGCGACACCACCCGCACUGUUCCGAUGCCUAGCAUCGCCGAAGAAGAAUGGGAAGAACUCGCGGGGAAAUCCCUCUUGACUCCAAGCUACCCUCUGAGACGGUUCAGCUCUAUUUUCAACUUUGCAUGCAGCCAAUGCCUUACGCCGGCGUUGGUGCAAAACACAAAAAAAAAGACGGAAGCGACAAAAUCCUGCCAAAGCAUUCCGAUUGUGAUGGUUACCUUUUUUACCGACUUUGCCAUCUAG